ACCCAGACGACAUGUGUCUCUAUCCGGACUGGCGUGCGAACGUCCGGAUAAAGAUCGAAGGUUCUGUAGAUUUUGCCAAAGGUCACGCUGUGACCAUAUCUCGGGUGGGAUGGCAACGUCCGUGGGGCCGCUCCCGCUCGCCGUACUCUAUGGCCGCUGCAUGGACUUCCUCACGGUCAAGGAGCGCUGGCAGAGCGUCGCGCUCGUCUCGCAUGCAUGGCGCGUCGUGGCCAUGGCCUCGGUCAAGGCCCACAAGCACGUGGACUUUACGUGGUGCCGUGGCGAAGAUCAGCUGGAGCACGCCGUGGCGACCCUCCUGGACGACGUGUCGCACAAUGCAUUCGCCGCCGAGCUUCUCUCGGAGCAUGUCAACCGCGUCCAACUGCAAAGCGUCGUCUUGUACGGCCCACGAGUGACACCGCAGCUCCUCUCGCGCCUUCUACAGGGCGUGACGCCGCGCCAGCUCGAGCGCAUCAGCAUCGAGAGCAAGUGGCUCGACGCUGCAGGCUUCGUGACGCUUGCCCAGUGCCACAGCCUCUUGCAGCUCCGCCUCAACUGCAUCAAGCUCUCGGACGCUGAGCUCGUACAGAUUGCGACGGGGUGUCCGAACCUGGAGCUCGUGGACCUCGCUGGCUGCUCACGCAUUGGCGACGACGGCAUUGCAGCGCUCGCGCGCCACUGUACCAACCUGCAAGAGCUCGACGUCUCCAUGUGCAUUCGGGUGACGGACGCAGGCUUUGUUGCGUUGGCGCACCGACCGCCCACGUUGCGCCGCCUCGCCGCCAACAAGUGUCUCAAGAUCACGGAGGCAUCGCUGGCUCUCGUCGUGCACGCACAGACGCAGCUUGAAUCGCUUUCGGUCGGCAACUGCCCGAAGGUCCGCGAUCUCUUUCUCGCUACGCUGCGCCCCGAGACGCCGCUCACGUCGCUCGUGCUCAGCGGCUGCGCCAGCAUUUCGGACGCGCCGCUCAUGCCGACGGCGCCGCAAGGCUGCUUGAGCAGCUUCUUCCAGUCGCACGGCGUGAGGCUACGGCAGCUGGACCUGACGGGCCUCGGUCAGCUCACGUCCGAGACAUUUCAGCGCAUCUCGCUCUGCUCUGGCCUGACGCACCUCGUGCUGGCCAUGUGUCGGAGCGUCACGGACGCCGACGUCGCCGUGAUUGCCGCCGGGUGUCCGCAGCUGCAAGUGCUGUCGCUGCACGGCUGUGUGCUCGUGACCGACAAGGCGCUCGUGGCGGUCGCGUCCCACUGCAAAUUGCUGCGCGACGCCUCCUUUGUCUUUUGCUACAAUGUGACGGACGUCGGGUUCGUCGCGCUGGUCCGGAGCUGCGUCCAUCUCACGCAUCUCAACGUCAAGGCGUGCAACCUCCUCACCGAGCUCUCGUUCACGGCUCUCGCCCAGCGCGUCGGCGCCGCCUUUCGGAAGCUCGUCAUUGGCGCGUGUGCGAGUUUGGCGACAACCGCCACGUACGCAGCGCUCGUCAAGCAAGGCCACCCCGCCUGCAUGGUCAUGUGGACAUGAUAAUGAUCUGUACCUUCGUAUACUUAUAUUAACCGACUGCACUGUAUUCCCA